AGUAGUAGAGAAACGCAACGAAGAGCAAGGACGUCUGGGCAGUCAUAACUGGCACAAUGGACUGAACGGCAGGGUCUAUAUCGACUGCUGAAGCAUGCUUGGGUCUGAUCUGCGCGACGCAGAGGCUUACGAGCUGCCUGACCUGGCAUCGAGCUCUAACUAUCUCGACGAAGGUCACAGCAAUGUUGAAGUAGAGGGACUGCUAUCAGGGAAGCAGAGAGGUGGCAUAGAUGAGCUGGGCGAAUCAGGUGACGGAGAGACGAUUGGACAAGGCUCUAAGAUCGAUACGUUGAUCGCAGAGCAUGUCCCAGCGACGGACGACCCGACUUUACCGACCUUGACUCUUCGUGUCCUCCUGAUUGGAUCUUUCUUCUGUCUUCUAGGCGCUUCUGCAUCGCAAAUCUUCUACUUCAAGUCGAACGCCCCUUCCUUCAGCUCAUACUUUAUCAUCCUGGCUACAUAUCCACUGGGUCACGGACUGGCGAAUGAGAGGUUCAUACCGAGGGGCCAGAGAUUCCUGGGGCUCGAGCUCAACCCAGGACCUUUCAGCAUCAAGGAAGCUAUCCUCGUCAGUGUACUCGCUAGCUCAGGUGCCACCUCGGCCUACGCAACUGAUAUUCUUGCGAUUAUGGAUCUGUACUUUCACGUCACACUCGGACCUAUCUCCUCGAUAAUCCUUCUCCUGACCACGCAAUGUAUUGGCUUUGGACUCGCUGGGAUGCUGCAAACCAUUUUAGUAUACCCUCCCGCGAUGUACUGGCCGUCGAUCCUCGUUGUCGUUCAGCUUUUUACAACGCUCUAUUCGUCUACUUCCUCAGCUCUAUCUCGUGCGGCUCAACUGGCGACCAGGGACCGUCUUAAAGUCUUCACAUUUGUUUUCCUCAUCACGUUCAUUUACCAGUACCUCCCCUUCUUUCUCUUCCCCACCCUCACAUCCAUCUCCGUACUUUGCUUGAUCGACAAUGAUAGCUGGUGGAUGCGGGUCCUGGGAAGCGGGUACAAAGGUCUGGGAAUGCUAGAUUUCAGCUUUGACUGGAGCACCAUAGGGAGCUCAGGCCCUCUGUUUACGCCGUACUGGGCUUUGGGUAAUUUUUUCGGAGGACUCAUAGGCAUGUGCUGGAUUGUCACUCCCUUGCUGUUCCUCUUCAACUUCUGGGACGCCCGCCGUUAUCCUGAACCGGUGUCCUCUGGUUUGUACAACUCGCGCUUUGAGAAGUUCGAUGUAGCUUCGGUCUUGAACGAGGAUCUAUCACUUAAUGAAAUUGCAUACGAGCAGAACCGGCCAUUGUUGCUGACCCCAUACUUCGCCUUGUCUUAUGGACUCUCGUUCGCCGCUCUGUCCAGCAUCCUCGUGCACGUCUGGCUAUGGCAUAGAGACGAGAUCAAAGAAGCCUUAUCGAAGCGAACCGCAGCUUUGACCGACGUGCACAAUCGAUUGAUGCGGAAUUAUCUGCCAGUGCCGUCAAGCUGGUAUUUCGGCUUGCUGGCAGUCAAUUUCGGUGCAGCGGUCCUUCUUGUGAAGACUACUCCGCUUCAAAUGCCGAUAUGGGCGCUGGUAUUGUCCAUCGCUAUCGCCACUGUAUUCUUAAUACCGGUCGGGAUCAUUGCUGCCGUCAGUAAUACGACUAUCGGACUGAAUGUCCUCACCGAGUUCGUGGCGGGCGUUCUCAUGCCAGGGAAGCCGAUAGGCAAUGUGACGUUCAAGUGCUUCGGCUAUAUGGCCAUGUCUCAAGCGCUUGCUCUCGCUCAGGAUCUCAAGCUGGGAUGGUACACCUCAAUUCCACCGCGAGAGAUGUUCGCUUGCCAGAUUAUUGGCACAGUGCUGGGCGUCUUCGCAAAUUACAUCACCCUCAUUUCAGUGAUCAACGAGAAACGCUCAUUCUUGGAUGGCACUGCCGUUGACCCCACAGGGCAAUGGACUGGAAGAGCUCCAGGUAUCUUUUAUUCUGCAAGCAUUAUCUGGGGGGCUGUCGCUCCCAAGCGAUUCUUUUCUGGCGGCUAUGAAGUGUUGUAUCUCGGCUUCUUGCUAGGUGCGAUUGUCCCAAUUGGGUGCUGGUUCGCGCAUCAGCGAUGGCCACAUAUGAAAUUCAACAAGGUAGUGUUCCCCAUCAUCUGCCACGGCGCUACUCUUGUACCACAAUACCCGACCAACAUCAUCCUUACUGGAGCCAUUGUUGCCGUCCUUGCCAACUCAUGGUACGCUAAGAAACAUCCUGGACUCUACAGCAAGUACGCAUACGUCGUCAGUUCGGCACUGGAUGCCGGGACGUCCAUCACUGCGUUGAGUAUUUACGUUUUAUUCGGGGUCUUGUUCCGCUGGGAUGGACCUAGAUGGUGGGGCAAUCCAGCCACAGAUUCGGAGCAUUGUACACCUGGAUCCUAGACCCAAUGCAUUAGAUACGGUAG